AUGGUCCGGUCGUCUGGGAAACAAAGCUGCGACGUACCUAAUUUAAACCAAAAGCACUACGUUUUUCCGCUCACGAGUAGCGUAAUUGGCUUGGCUUACUACGUGUUAGACCCGUGGAACAGAAUUUUGAGGCUAUCAAGAGCAUUAGCGACCUCUUUCCCAGCACUUCCUCAUCCUGGAACAAUUGAAUGCGAACUUCCGCUUCCAUCGCCAUUAACCCAAAUAACUACCGGAGCCAGGUGUGUGACCAUCGCGUUUCUGCCCGCCUCUAGAUCAUCGAACUCUCCGGGUCUCCUUGAUCCUUGA